GGCCGGCCAUCCCCGUCACGUGACGCGGUCGGCUCUUCUCCCUUCCUCGCCCCCCUCCCUCCACCUGUCCCCGGCGCGUUGGACGCUGGAAGCCAAGAUGGCGGCGGAGCUGGUGGAGGCGAAAAACAUGGUGAUGAGCUUCCGUGUGUCGGACCUCCAGAUGUUGCUGGGCUUCGUCGGCCGGAGCAAGAGCGGCCUCAAGCACGAACUGGUCACGCGUGCCUUGCAGCUGGUCCAGUUCGACUGCAGCCCGGAACUGUUCAAGAAGAUUAAGGAGAUCUACGAGACCCGGUACGCCAAGCUCUCGGACUCGGGGCAGACCCCCCAGCCGCCGCCUCAGCUGUCCCAACAGCAGCCGGCACCCCCGCAGCCCCCGCACCGACCUCCCCCCGACGCCCUCUCCCUCCACCCGUCUUACGACCGCAGCAACACAGUGGCCCGGACUGCCCUCUCCACCCCGAACAUUGACUAUCCCUCCCUCUACGGGAAGUAUUUAAACGGACUCGGGCGGUUACCCGUCAAGCCAGCCAAGCCAGAGGUGCGGCUAGUGAAACUUCCAUUCUACACCAUCUUGGACGAACUGCUGAAACCCACCGAGCUCGUCCCUCAGAACAACGAGAAGCUUCAGGAAAGCCCCUGCGUCUUUGCCCUGACGCCGCGGCAAGUGGACAUGAUCCGAAACUCCAGGGAGCUACAGCCAGGUGUGAGAUCCAUUCAGGUCGUCCUCAGAAUCUGCUACACAGACACCAGCUGCCCUCAGGAAGACCAAUACCCUCCCAAUAUCGCCGUCAAAGUGAACCAUAGUUACUGUUCUGUCCCUGGUUAUUACCCUUCCAACAAGCCAGGGGUGGAGCCCAAGCGGCCAUGUCGCCCCAUCAACCUGACGCACCUCCUCUACCUGUCUUCCGCCACCAACCGCAUCACCGUCAUUUGGGGCAACUACGGAAAGAGUUAUUCCGUGGGGCUCUUCCUCGUACGACAGAUGACCUCGACGGAGCUGCUCCAGAGAUUGAAAACGAUCGGCAUCAAGCACCCGGAGCUCUGCAAGGCGCUGGUCUGCCUGACUUCAAGGGUCCUGCUCCUGGUCACUUUACGCCUGGAUCCCGAAAGUGAAAUUGCCACCACCGGCGUCCGAGUAUCCCUGAUCUGCCCGCUGGUGAAGAUGCGCCUCUCCGUCCCCUGCCGGGCCGAGUCGUGCGCGCACCUGCAGUGCUUCGACGCCGUUUUCUACCUGCAGAUGAACGAGAAGAAGCCCACGUGGAUGUGUCCCGUGUGCGACAAGCCGGCCACGUACGACCAGCUGAUGAUUGACGGGCUCCUGUCGAAAAUCCUGACGGAGUGCGAGGAUGCAGAUGAGAUAGAAUACCUGGUGGAUGGCUCUUGGUGUCCUAUCAAAGCCGAGAAAGAACGGAGCUACAGCCCUCAGUGUCCCAUCUUAGUGGUGGGGAGUUCCGCAGGCACCACCUCGGAUGUCAACGGGGCACCGCCAGCGCCCGCCAGCGCCACCCCCAGCGUGGAGAAUGGCAAGGCGCCAGCUGACGUGGUGGAUUUGACCCUGGACAGCAGCUCCUCGGAAGAGGAGGAGGAAGAGGAGGAGGAGGAGGAAGACGAUGACGGGGCACCGAAGCGAAAAGUGCCGCGCCUAUAUAAGAACGGGUUGGCCUCUGCGUGCUGACCUCAGGGCCGGCUCCGGCGACGGCCUUAUGGAAAAGCUUGAAUACCCUGGUGCUUUCUCAGAUCCGGGAAGAAGAGGGCUUCGGUGUUUUUUCCUCCCCUCUGCGCCAUCUCGUCCGUCUCGUCCUCUUCCGGAGCUUCCCUGUGGACUUCCAAGCGGAGACUGCAAAGACAGACAGAAAGAGAGAGAGAGACCUUCCCCUCUGAAGGGCGCACAGCAGGGGCAGCACAUGAGUGGGCGGACGCCUUGCGGCUCCAGGAAGCAAAAGGCACGCCUCCGAUGAUGCACGCGGCCUGUCGGGAAUGACCACUGACUCCGUUCCCUCUUCGGCCCCCUUCUUCCCUGAGCCCCGCCAUCCCCGUGACUUUGGGGCAUGGGGAGCAGGAAGCAAAAACAACCUUGAUGCUGGUGAACAGGACGUUUUGUCCAGACACUGGUGGGUUGGCUGAACUUUUCACGGGUCUCUCCAAAGUUGUUUGUGUGCGUCUAUUUUUCUCCCCCUUUCAUUUUCGCCUUGUCCAACGACUAAUCAUUCCUGAUUCUUCCCCCCCCGCCCCCACUUCCCCCCCUUUCUCUCUUUUGCUCUUACUGGAAAAAGGAAGAAGAAAAAAUCCUUGGGGCAUUUGGUUGUGGUGGCAGAGGAGUUUGGAGCGCUGUUUGUGUGUGUUCCCUCCUUAACCACCGAGUGGGUUUCUAGAAUUAGGCAAGAUUCCCAGAGUUAUUCCCUGUUCCAUAGGCACGUAAGGUAAUUUGGGAAAGUUGGGGGGGUUCAGGGAGGGAAAGGAGGACUGGAAAGGGUGGGACGGAGGGGGAAUAAAGCCAACAAGGUGACGUAAGACCCUUUUGCCACCUCUUAACCACAAGAAGAACCUCAUGUAAAGAACAGGUUGGAAUUUCUUUUUUAGCCUUCUCUGAAAAUAAGGGUUAGGGUUCUUAGCAUAGCGAGUCUUUGAGGCACUUCCUUCCCCACCUUUUAAAGUUGAACAGAAGCCAUUGGAGGCGGGCAGGUGGGAGGGAAGGAGGGUGUGAGAACGGUUGGGGGGCACGGAUUUUGGGGGGGGAGGUUGUUCAGAAACACGGGAAGGGCUCAAACCACAAAUUCUCGUUUGUCGUUGUUUUAAAGUGCAAUAACUUGGCUCGUUUUUGGAAGACAGGGAAAGGCCUGUUGACUCUGUUGCCCCUUGCCUUCCACUCCGAAAAACUGAGUGGCUUACUGGGGAGUAAAGAGAGGAACAGACGAGCCUUCCAGAACCACAAUAUAUAUACAUAUAUAUAUAAAAUACCAACUCCGGGUUGUUGUUUUUGGUUGGGUUUUUUUCCCCCUCUCUCGCUCUCUCUCUUUCCUUCUUCCCUUUCUUUCCGGUUUCUAGCCAACUACCUCGGUUUUAAAAAAUGAAUAAUAAAGAAAUAAAUAAAUUCAGGUGUAGGUGGAUCGCAGGCAUUGGAGCUGCAAUGUGGGGACCCGGGAGGGGAGCCGUUGGAUGCUGCCUAUAGGGAACUGUCUUGGGUGUGGUGGUUUUAAAAUUGCCCCUGGACUGUCGUGAUCCUCCUUCUUCUCGUUACGUGCACGCUCGGAUCCUCUUAAAGACAUCGGUCCGAUGUCUCUUCGAAGGCUUGCAACCCCUCAAGGAACACGCUGAGCCCUUCCGUGGAGAAGCACGGGGGGGGCAAUGCCCCCAGGGUUGGCAUGGCCAGACAGACUCCGAAAAUCCGGCCCUUGAGUUUUGGUGUGUCCGUUUAUUAAAAAAAUGGCAAACUCCCCUGCCGAUCGUAUUUUUGCCUUUAAAAAGGGACGUUGUUUGUUCCUGGAAGAGCAGCCGGCUCACAGGGAGGUUGGAACCCAGAGCGCAGGGAGGAAGGAUGAAGAGACACACACCCCCCAUCUACGGAAGUGGGUUUCUCUUGUUUUAAAAGCCAAUAUUCACCAUCCUUCCUUGCCCUCCGCUGCUUCUCCCUUCCACAUGCAAGUGAUUUUUAAGAGUCUGUCUUAGGAAACUUUUCCCCCAGGAACAUCCAGCAGGUAGAAGAGCGGCCAAAGCGAACAGCCGGAUGUCAAAUAAGACUUUGAAUAGCCUUCGCGCUCCUUGGCCCAUCCCAGUUCUUCUCAGGGGGGGUGUCUUCUGCCCUUCCCGCCCCAUCUCUCUGUUCCUUCGCUGGCUAUUCCUUCCCCCCCCACCCCCACCCCAAAAAUGUGCAUCCAAAGUUCAAGCAAUAUGUUUGUGAUUUUAAGGAACAAGGCGAUAGACCGUCUCCACCCCCCAUGCACGGACCUGCUUCAAAUCCGUUUUUAGACUUUGGACUGAUCUUUCUGUACAGGUUGCGGCUUGCGUCCUUAGACACGCAGUAAUAUAGGAGUCUUCCCCCCAGCUCCCCAGCCUGGAUAUUUGUAUUCUAAUUUAAUUGUGUGUUUAAAACCUUUGCCCACCCCACCCCCCUGAGACUUUGCUUUCUUUCCCUAUUUUUUUCUUACCCUCAAGCUGGUCAGACUUUUCCAUGCUGUACAUAACGGUUCCUUUCUUUCUUUUUAAGUUUACCCUGUCUCUUUCUACAUCUUGAUUUUCCUUCCACCUUUCUCUCCAUUUUUUUUUGUAAAAAAAAGAAACUUGUUUUUUUUCCUUUCCUCCACCAAUACACAUUCUUCAAAACUCAAGAUUAUAGUGUUUGUUAAAUAAAAUAAAAGGAAAUAUUUCAAUUUUA